CUAUCACUCUGCUGUAUUCGGCUGCAACAAUAACUUGGGAAGCAAAGGUCAAGUUAUCUUCAGCCGUGGCGACUUCGUGGGCACCGGCGCUGCGAUAACAGAGAAGCGUCCGCUUUUUAUUGCCAGCAUAAACAGAAAGUACUUGAUGCCAUCGCGUGUAUGCUCGGCAGGUGUUAUUCCCAGUAAGCGCUCGGCGACGAACUCGGAAUUCAGCACCCAUUUUCAAACUGGGAUAUGAAAGAACGAUAUAUAUUCAAGAAUGGGUUCAAGAAUGAGGACAAGUAUUACCCUAUAGCACGACACAGUUCCCUGGAACAUGCAGGAUCAGAGGCUGAUACCAACGCAGAACCAUGGCUUAAAGACGGUGGCGACAAUGACGGUGUCGCAAAUUCACCUGCGGCGCCUACCGCAGGCACCGUUCGAGAACACCGUAGAAAGCCACUGAUGUAUGCCACAAUCUUCACAUUUCUGUUGGUAGGAGCAGCACUGGUCGCAUUGAUGCUGUGGCUGACAACGCGCGAUGGUUUGGUGCAAGCCUCGUUGCACAAGCGGCCGCCUCACAUCGUGUUUAUACUUGCCGAUGAUUUGGGUUGGGCCGACGUCAGCUACAAUGGGAACCCACAGAUUCGCACUCCAAAUAUUGAUGCUCUAGCCUGGAACGGAGUCCGGCUCACAAGACUCUAUCACCAGCACUUGUGCACACCGUCAAGAGCAGCGAUCAUGACUGGGCUCUAUCCAAUACACACAGGCAUGCAGCACUUCGUUAUCCAGAUGUCCGAGCCCAGGGGACUGCCACUCAACCUGAAGCUCUUUCCGCAAUGGCUCAAUGACCUCGGAUACAAUUCUUACUUGCUUGGAAAGUGGCACCUUGGUUACCACAAGUCACCGUUUACACCGACGAACCGGGGCUUCCUGAGCCAUGUAGGUAGCUGGGGCGGAGCCUGCGAAUACACAACCCACCAUAGAGCACCGAUUGGUUCCAACGACUACGGUCUAGACUUCAGACGAAACUUAACGCUGGCUCCUGAGGACAGUGGACGAUACUACACUGAACUCGUCACGGAAGAGGCGAUAUCCAUCAUUAGGAAUCACCCGGUUGAUAAGCCUAUGUUCCUGUACGUUGCCCACCUGGCUCCACACUACGGCACCGUCCGAAUGCCAGUAGAGGCUCCCGCUGCCUAUCUAGACGGCUACGAUUUCAUUACACAAAUGAACCGCACCAUUUACGCAGGUAUGGUUGCUGCCCUGGACACGUCUGUCGGGAAAAUUUUCGAUGCUCUGAAUGAGAGAGACAUGCUGAACGACACGCUUCUGUCGUUCAGCUCAGACAACGGUGCUGCAUCCACAUUCUGGGACAUCGGUGCCUCGUCGUCGUAUCCUCUGCGAGGCGAAAAAUGUACUCUCUGGGAAGGCGGCGUACGAGUACCGGGGUUCUUGUGGACAGCGAGGCCACUGUGGCGUGGACCCGGGUCUGAGUACGACCGCCUCUUUCACGCCACGGACUGGCUGCCAACUCUCUACGAGAUGGCAGGUGGAAACGUGUCCAAUCUUGCUGGAAUUGACGGUAUCAGCCACCUGCGAUCCUUACUUGACCCUUUCGCUGAAAAACCAAGACGCGAGAUACUCUUGAACAUUGACCCCAAAGAGGGAAACGAGGCCAUAAUCCAAGAUUCAUAUAAGCUCGUCUACGGAGCAUUUCCUGAGGGUACGUCGCAAUGGCUGGAGAUUCCCGGCAAGAGGCUACCGGCAACAGAGGAAACGGAGCUGGCACGUCAGAGCUGCAUUAGUUGCACUACUUAUCGGCUGCUUGCCAUGCGUGGUAUGAGCCCGAGCUGUGGCGAAGCAGGCAGCGUCUACUCAACUCCUGUGAAAUGCGGAAAGCGAAACUCAAGCGAAGCUCUAUGCGACUCCACGUUGGCACCCUGCCUCUUCGACAUUAACGCUGACCCGUGCGAGUACAACGACAUCGCCAACGAAAACCCAGAGAUUGUGCGGCAACUGCUGACUCGGAUUUCGGCCUACAAGAAGAAUGCAUUAAAUCCCACCAACCUGCACCAAGAUCCCUCUGCAUUCCCCCAUAACCAUGGUGGGGCGUGGGUCAGCUGGAAGGACAAGGUGCCGAUAUGAACAAUACGUGUUCUACGGACUCCAAUUCUACAAUUUAGAAAAUAAACAAUGGAAAUAAGCCUAGUAUA